AUGAGAGUAGUUGGCGUUGUUAUACUAAUAUUGGCUGCUGUAGUUCAGUGCUACCUGGAGCCAGAGAUAACUGAAAACAGGCUACUGACAACAAUUCCCUUUAAAACCUUUUUCUUUCUUAAAAGGCUAUCUCCAUAUAACAGCAAGUUAGACAGACCAUUGUCAAUGGGGGCACAGAAGAGAAUUGAGUCAGAGGAAAAGUUUUCUCCAUUUCAUUCAGUCCUUGUUAUAAAGAAGCAGAGGCGAUCUGAUGAACCAAUUCGCCGCCAUGUGCCAAUAACAGGCCCAGCAAGAACAGAGUCCGCAGAGUCCUUUAUAAAGGACUUUUUGGUUUCACAUCUGCAGCACAUGAACAGCAUUGAGCGUUCAAAUCAAUUCAAUACAGAAAAGAUAUACAACGACAUGUACAACAGAGGAAGCGAUCAGGUGCACACAUCUACCAAGAGAAACAUCCACCGAGGAAAGGAAAUAAUUGGAGAUGAAAUAGAUGCCAUUAUUGCGCAUGCAGCAAAAGAAUUUACACCAAACACUGAAGAAACUGAAAAUGAAAAUGCAUCACUCGGCAAAACGCUUAGAAAAACAAAGAAGCGAGUUGGAAAGAAGAUCAAGAGAGCAGAAGGAGUUAUUGGAAAGAAAGUCAAGCUCAACUGGCUCACUAUUCUUAUUUUCAUUAUAAUUGGUUUGAUUUCUGGAUUUGCAGGGUAUUCACUGCGAGGAAGGACAUCAUCUGAACAUUAUGUUCCAUUGGAUAAAUAGUUUGCAUGCAAAUUUAUUUUAUUUGUUUAAUUAGUGAGCUAAAAAAGAGGUCUAAGUUAUAUGGUUAUGCUUAGUGGGCAGUGCACAGGGGCACGCCGGGUAGAUUCACAUGGGUGA